AUGAAUGAAGUGGUGGUUGUUGAAGAACUCUUUGUACCAAAGAGGGCCACCAACUUGUCCUUAGGGUUUAAAGGCUCCAUGGACUCACGCAAGUCAUCGGGCGGGAAGGCGCCCCACAAGCAGGUGGCCACCAAGGUGGCCCACAAGAGUACACUAGCCAUAGGCAGUGUGAAGAAGCUGCACUGCUACCGGCCCGACACUGUGGCACUGCAUGAGAUCUGCCGCUACCAGAAGUCCACCGAGCUGCUCAUCCUCAAGCUUCUGUUCCAGCGGCUGGUGUGCAAGAUAGCGCAGGACUUCAAGACCAACCUGCACUCCCAGAGCUCGGCCGUCAUGGCGCUGCAGGAGGUGUGCGAGGCCUACCUGGUAGGGCUCUUCAAGGAUACCAACUUCUGCACCAUCCACGCCAAGUGCGUCACCAUUAUGCCCAAGGACAUCCAGCUGGCAUGUCAUAUCUGGGGAGAGAAGGCAUAA